GCUGCACACCAUGGCACUGACAGCCCAGCUCUCCUGUCUCCUGGUCCUGAUGGUGUCAGGCCAAGCCCAUGGCUUCUGGAAUUCUCCUGGAGCUCAGGGCUCUGGUCCCCAGCCAUUGGAACUGAAAGAAGUCUUCAAGAUGUUCCAGAUCCAGUUCAACCGGAGUUACUCAAACCCAACAGAGCAUGCUCGCCGUCUGGACAUCUUUGCCCACAACCUGAUCCGGGCUCAGCGGCUACAAGAAGAGGACUUGGGCACAGCUGAGUUUGGGGUGACUCCAUUCAGUGACCUCACAGAGGAGGAGUUUGAUCAGCUCUACGGGAAUUGGAGGGCAGCUGGAGGAGACUUCAGCAUGGAGAGGAAGGUAGGCUCUGAAGACUGGGGGGAGUUGGUGCCCCACACUUGUGACUGGCGGAAGAAGCCUGGUAUCAUCUCACCCAUCAAGAACCAGGAGAACUGCCAGUCCUGCUGGGCCAUGGCGGCAGCAGGCAACAUCGAGGCCCAGUGGGGCAUCAAGAGCCACCAGUCUGUAGAACUCUCGGUGCAAGAGCUGCUUGACUGUGGCCGCUGUGGAGAUGGCUGCCAGGGUGGCUUCAUCUGGGACGCGUUCAUAACUGUCCUCAACAACAGUGGUCUGGCCAGCGAAAAGGACUACCCAUACCUGGGCCGUGCCAAACCAAACAGGUGCCUGGCCAAGAAGUACACCAAGGUGGCCUGGAUCCAGGAUUUCAUCAUGUUAUCAGACAAUGAAGAAAUAAUUGCUCGGUACCUGGCCACCCAGGGGCCUAUCACUGUGACCAUCAACAAGGCCCUCUUACAGAAUUACCAACGGGGUGUGAUCAAAGCCACAAGCACCACCUGUGACCCUCAACUUGUAGACCACUGUGUCCUGCUGGUGGGUUUUGGUAAAAGCAAGGCAGAGAAGACAGUGUCAUCGGGAUCUUGUCAUCCCAGCCGUUCCACCCCAUUCUGGAUCCUGAAGAAUUCCUGGGGGGCCCACUGGGGUGAGAAGGGCUACUUCCGGCUCCACAAGGGGAGCAAUGCCUGUGGUAUCACCAAGUAUCCGAUCACAGCCCGCGUGGACCGACCAGUUAAGAAGCAGCAAGUCAUCUGCCCUCCUUGAGCGGGGCAGCCACCCUUCAGCCUCUCCAGCACACCAGCUGUCUUCCCUGCCAAACUCAUCAUGAGGUUUUGCCAUCUUUUCUCUAUGGCUUCAAUAAACCAAGAUA